AUGGCUGUGACCCAGAAUAACAGCAGCUGUGCCCAGAGUAGGGCUGAGCAUGGGCACAGCACUGAGGGUGCACCUGGCAACGCGUGCAGCUCGGUGCUCACAACAGCCUCCUCACCCCAGCGUACGAAGGUGCAGGGACAUCAGAGCUGGUAUCGGAACUGGUAUCGGAGCCUGGAGCUGCAGCAGAGUAUCUCCUAUUUUGAGCUGCUGGCCGGAAGUGAUCCUGUUGGGCCCCUGGAGCAGAUGCCCUUGAAUGCCAGCGUGAAGCAAGCAUUGGGGUGGGGAGGAUCCUUCCUGCUCUUUCAGCUUCUGGCAGCUGUGGGCAGUCCUGAGUGUUCCUUGAAAGAGGGCUCCACUUACAUCUGCCGCCAGAUGUUGGAGCAGACACUAGCCUUGUGUUCCCUGUCACUUUCCAGGAAGGCUGGCUGUGGCUUCUUGGCAAUGAGGGACUCUGAAUCUCAGCUCUAUCCUCCCAUGAUGGGGAGAAUGGGCUGCACUGUCUGCCCUUUAACGGAACUGUUGUUUUAUCAGUUGUUGAGAGAAGGGGUGUUAAAGUCUGUGAUUAAGAUUGUGGAUUUGCACAGCCCGAACUACAAAUUGCUUACUGUUUCAAAUCCAGUGGAUAUCUUGACCUACGUGGCUUGGAAGAUAAGUGGCUUUCCCAAAAACCGUGUUAUUGGAAGUGGUUGCAAUCUGGAUUCAGCCCGAUUCCGUUACCAUGGGGAAAGACUGGGAGUUCACCUAUUAAGCUGUCAUGGGUGGGUCCUUGGGAAACAUGGAGAUUCCAGUGUGCCUGUAUGGAGUGGAGUGAAUGUUGCUGGUGUCUUCCUGAAGACUCUGCACCCAGAUUUAGGUACUGAUACAGAUAAGAAACAGUGGAAAGAGGUUCACAAGCAGGUGGUUGAGAAUGCUUAUGAGGUGAUCAAACUCAAAGCCUACACAUCCUGGGCCAUUGGACUCUCUGUAGCAGAUUUGCUAGAGAGUAUAAUGAAGAAUCUUAGGCAGGUGCACCCAGUUUCCAUCAUGAUUAAGGGUCUCUAUGGAAUAAAGGAUGAUGUCUUCCUUAGUGUUCCUUGCAUUUUGGGACAGAAUGGAAUCUCCGACCGUGUGAAGGUGACUCUGACUCCUGAGAAAGAGGCCCGUUUGAAGAAGCGUGCAGAUACACUUUGGGGGAUCCAAAAAGAGCUGCAAUUUUAAAGUCUUCUGAUGUCAUAGCAUUUCACCGUCUAUGCUACAACAGGAUUUUAGUUGGAGGUUGUGCAUGUUGUCCUUUUUAUCUGAUCUGUGAUUAAAGCAGUAAUAUUUUAAGAUGGACUGGG